GAUAACGAUAAGGGACUUCAUUGUCAAAAACACUUUAGUUGGGUGCAUUUUGUAAUUGACCAGGCCCUGUAAACAAGAUUACAAUUCCUUCCUCAAUCAUUUUCCCCCCCAUAUUCUUCCUCUUCUUCCUCUCUUCUUCUUCUUCCUCAGUUUCCCCUUUCCUUCUCGAAAUUCUUUCCUUCUUCUUCUCAAUUCCAGCUUGCUACUCAGAAAUUGACAAGAAGAUCCAGUCUCAAUCUCAGGGUAUCACAGCCAUUUCUUGGCAACCAUGGCGACGGCGAUGAGAAUGGUACAAAUUGAGACACGAUUUAUUUCUGUCAACAAUAGGACGUAAGUGAUGGAAACGCGAUUUCAGGAUCUCAGCGAUCACAUCUCCGCCGUGGGGGUACAGAUGACAGUGGCCGGAGAGCAAUUUGUUUCUCCACAGAGGCCAAGUCAUGCUUCGUUGUUUCUGCGAUGGGGAAGCCGCUAAAUGGCUGUAGCCUUGCUCGAGAUAUGCUCCCACCUUGGACGAAAUGCGGAGAUGGAGGGUGAUCAAGCCACUGUUCCCAACCAUUCACACAGCGAUUGUGGAUUCCUUGGAAAAUCGUCUCCUCCACAAGGUACCCUAAUUACCUACUAAGGCCAGAAUUUCCUUCCUUCUCCGGUGAGAAUCCUAGGGUCUGGGUUAAGGAGUGUGAACGAUUAUUUGCUGUGUAUUAGAUCUCUGAUCACGAGAUGGUUGAAACUGGUCAGAGGAGUGGCUCUGAAGGUGGAGUGCUGCCUUGGUUUGGGGUGAUUUCACGGCUGCUCUAUGUGGACGUUUUGGGUGGUACAUAGACCCCGCUGAUCAAACUGCAGCUACUGGGAUGGAGCACUACAAGGCAUCGAUGGAAGAUCACGCUCCCGUUUCUAUCAUUGGAACAGUGGAGAACGAUCUCAGCUCUGUAAUAACUGAAAAAACAACAACUCAAUGAAUUUGGAGAAGAAUUCAAGGGCUGAAGCUCAGAUAUGCUCACAGAUACUGGAGACAGAAAACACGAUUGCCUCUCUAGAAUUGGGCAGGUCAACACUUACCGAGACAUGGGAGGUUAUACAGCAAGAAAGGCCUGCUUGGCUGCCAAAAUUCAGAACUCGGGCAACAAGAGUACUGGUUCAAUGUCACAAAACUGGGCAGGACGAUAGGAAGCAUGUGAUGGAUACCGAUGAUCAGGAGGAAGUUACGGCCAAGUUGAAGUUGGCAAAAUGCAACACAGAUGAAAAGCAAACUUCUUCUGGGCAAUGCUAAGAUGGAGUGUAUUAAGCAAACAACUUACCGAGUGAAUGAAAGUAAGCUUGAACUAAUGAAAAUUGAUGUGCAAAGCCUUGGUGAUGAGUUGGAGCCAUUUUUGUCUGAUAAAGCAGGAGAAUUGAGAGUAUUGGCAGUCACUGUUACAGCAGAUUAUGAAACUUAAGGAUGUUUUUCAAAGCCUGGUUACUGAUUGCCUUACUCAAUUCAGUAGGGAAUUGGUAAUGCCACAAAGUUUGAUGCGACUUCUAUUGAAGCAAUUUGUGAUCUUCUAUGUUUUCGACAGAGGUAAAAGGUUCAGUGUAUUCUUGACUGAAGCAUAUCAAAGUCAAGAGAUUGUUGACAAGUGCUCAUUGGUCCUUUGGAAGGAAGAGUUUGUAAGUAUUGUUGGUUACAGAGGAAAGAAGAGCAACAUCCGUACUUAUAGUGAUUCAUCAGAUAUAGAAACUACUGAAACAAUUGAAAGCGACUCUGAGAAUACAAACAUGGGAGUAGGGAUUGGAAAGCUUCAUCAUCUUGACUUCAAGGUUGAGGCUUAUUACUUGAAAUUUUACUUUUUAGAAGACCGCGUUUUUUAUCAACCAAAAAUUUUGCUCCCUCUUUUCAACAAGAGUCGUCCCAUCCCACUCCCACCAUGGAAACAUUAGCUUCUUCUCAUGUGGCUAUGAACCUCGGUACUUCCACGUUGUUCGGCGGCCAUGAGAGUUGCUGCUGCCAUUGGUUAGAGUGACAUGACUGCUCUAACCCUGAGAUCUUCGAAGUUCCUCCCGCUGGAAGGUACGACAAAGAUAGUCAUAACUCAGAACUUAGACCUUCUGCUGCAUAAUCUGUGUUCUAAGAGAUGCCGGAUGCCGUGAGCUAGAAGUCAUCCUUUGCUCUUUUUUUUUUUUUUUUUUUUUUUUGUGAAAGUUCAAUCCCAAGUCUUGAGUCAUUGAGGUAUGCGCUUCUAUUCUAAAUGUUUUCGCAUGAUGAUGUAAGUAGUGCUUUUAGAACUCAGUGUGAGCUUAAGAUACGAUUCCUUCUUCCUGCUUAUGGGUAUGCAUGCCCUACCAUUAUCCCAAAGGCCCAUUGCAUGCAAUUUGAUUGCAUUAGAAUUAUCUGCCUCUCGGCCAUUUUGAUUGCAAACAAGCUUUUUGAAUGCUGAGAACAUGAAUAUCUGCUAGUUCUUUUUAGCCACGGAAUUUUCUUGGUUCUUGUUCUGAUGCAGUUUAAACUAGAGGAGAUAACUGCCAUGAUGAAAGAUUUUGAUGAACUGGGAACCCUUGCCCCAAUCGGAUUGCACCUGGGUGCAUGGGACAAAAGACAUGGUCAUCCAAGGUGAGUCAGGAGCUCUGAUUCGUGGAAACAAGGUAUCUAAUCAUCCAUUCUCAAUAGUUUGAAGAUGUAAUUUAGUUUCUGAUGAUGGCACAUUUCUGUUCAUUUUCUUUCCUAUUAGUAGUCCAGGUUUGCCUUCAUAUAAGAUGGCCAUUUAGCUACCAUCAUGUGAUUUUUUGUCCGGUGAACAUGGAACGUAAACAGGUACCCCCCCCAGUACUUGCUAUUUGUAGGUUUGUUCGCUGUUCCAGUGCUCCUUCAUCUAUAUAUGGGGUUUCUUGUCCUGAAACUUUGUCAAGCAAAUUGGACAAGGCAUUACAUCUGUGGCCUCAAGUGCCGAUAUCGAUCAUAGAACUCCAACGAAAAUUAUAUGGUUCCUGAUGAAAUUGUUACUGCGGUAAGAAAUGAACUUUAAGUACUUGGUAAUAGUUGAUGAUAGAUUGCUGAUUAUGGGUUUUCCUUUUUCUUUUUGCUGUAUAUGGUCACAAGCACCAUCUCUCGACAGGAUGCUUGGACAACAUCAGACCAUACAUCUCCAUCUUGUUCAAUGUCAGAGUUUACUUAACUCUUCUUUCCAGAUUCAUAGAUAUUCGUCAAUGGGCUAUCCAAUCUUGUAAUGUUUUAGGUUAUAGAUGAAGUUCUGAUCUAUAAUUCUAUAUAUGUGUUGGCAGAAGGUUGGAUCCUGAGACGGGGUAUCCAAACUUGUCAAACCUUGUGCUAUUUCUUGAUUGUUUUUCUUUCGAGUCGGAGAAGAAAGCGUCGAAAAGAUCCAACAUACUUGGUAGUGACUCUUGAACUUUUAGUCACAUUAUAGUGUGAAAUGACAAUUCCACAGAAGAAACAUUGAGGAUGCACUUAGAUUAAACAAGUGGAAAGAAAACAAGGUGAUACCACUAUUAGAGAAUUAGCUAAAUAAAAUUUACAAGCAGACAACUUAAGAUGAUUACAAAAUAUAAAAUUUUGAUAGUUGAAAGCUAUAUUACUUCAGCCAUAACAUAGGAAAGAUAAUCCAUGAGCAUCAUCACAGCAACUUUACGAUCAGUAGAGUGCCUGAAAUUCCACAAAAGAGAAGUCAAUAAAUUCUACAUUGAUCUUGUGCAACCGAAAAAUUCCUACUUUCCCGGUUUAAAGUGUGUAAUGCUUGAAUUCCUUGUGAUCAUACCCACUAGCUAGCUAUUUAUAUAAUCCGCUAAUUACCGAAUGUUACCCCAUCUAUCAAAACCCACAAAUAAUCCCCGAUAAUAUCCAAUAACCCAUAGCACUAAUAAACUGACAACACAGCCAAAAUAUGCAAAAGUUCAUGUUUUCAUCACAUUCCUUGUGUUCCGAGCUUGUCGAGGGAUGGAUCAUCGAAGGCGUGGCGGAAGGCUGAUACAUUGCUUAGGUUGCUGAAUCGUUGCUGCUUUCGUUCUCGGCCUUCUAAACAGGGAUUGCUUUGAUUCUUAGAUUAAGAAAGUGUGAAUUUGUUGUAAUCUAAUACAUGUUACAUACUUUUUUCUGGGUUCUUUUUUGUUGUAACAAAGAUACAGGAAUUGA